CCUAGGGCUCCUUUGCCCCGCCCCGCUGCCCGCGCCAUUGUGGCGUCUACUUCCGGGCCCUCACCACCUUUAGCGAAACCAACGAGAAGAAACCGCCUGCAUCUAGAGCAGCCCGACCAGGAACGUAACCGAGUGGCGCGCGAACGUGAGAGGAAAGCCGUGCGCGGCUGCGCUUUCCCGCCCCUGAGCCGCUCUAGACGCGGGAAAAAUGCUUUCUGAAAGCAGUUCAUUUUUGAAGGGUGUAAUGCUUGGAAGCAUUUUCUGUGCCUUGAUCACUAUGCUAGGACACAUUAGGAUUGGUCAUGGAAAUAGAAUGCACCACCAUGAGCAUCAUCACCUACAAGCUCCUAAUAAAGAAGAUAUCUUGAAAAUUUCAGAGGAUGAACGCAUGGAGCUCAGUAAGAGCUUUCGAGUAUACUGUAUUAUCCUUGUCAAACCCAAAGAUGUGAGUCUCUGGGCUGCAGUGAAGGAGACUUGGACCAAACACUGUGACAAAGCAGAAUUCUUCAGUUCCGAAAAUGUUAAAGUGUUUGAGUCAAUUAACAUGGAAACAAAUGACGUGUGGUUAAUGAUGAGAAAAGCUUACAAAUACGCCUUUGAUAAAUAUAGAGACCAAUACAACUGGUUCUUCCUUGCACGCCCCACGACGUUUGCUAUUAUUGAAAACUUAAAGUACUUUUUGUUAAAAAAGGAUCCAUCACAACCUUUCUAUCUAGGCCACACUAUAAAAUCUGGAGACCUCGAGUAUGUGAGUAUGGAAGGAGGAAUUGUCUUAAGUGUAGAAUCAAUGAAAAGACUUAACAGCCUUCUAAGUAUUCCUGAAAAGUGUCCUGAACAGGGAGGGAUGAUUUGGAAGAUAUCUGAAGAUAAGCAGCUAGCAGUCUGCCUGAAAUACGCUGGAGUAUUUGCAGAAAAUGCAGAAGAUGCUGAAGGAAAAGAUGUAUUUAACACCAAGUCUGUUGGGCUUUUUAUUAAAGAGGCAAUGACUAAUCACCCCAACCAGGUAGUAGAAGGAUGUUGUUCAGAUAUGGCUGUUACUUUUAAUGGACUGACGCCUAAUCAGAUGCACGUAAUGAUGUACGGGGUAUACCGUCUUAGGGCAUUUGGGCAUAUUUUCAAUGAUGCGUUGGUUUUCCUACCUCCAAAUGGUUCUGAUAAUGACUGAGAAGAAACGAGCAUGUAUAUGAUCACCAUAUAGGACAUGUGGUGGUGUUAUUUGUAGUUAACAACUGCAUAUCCAACACAGCAGUAUGUUUCUGUUCUUUUUUUUUUUCUUUUUCAGUUUGGUGGCACUGGUUUAUUCGCACAUUGAAGUUUAGUAAUACAUUUUAAAAUAGGGUGGGUUUUUUUCCCUUAAAACACACAUGAAAAUUUCAACUGUGUUGGAAAGAAAUGUUUUAAGAAUAAUAAUUUUACAAAUAAAGGAUAUAUUUAUAAAUAAUAUAUUUAUGUGAUAAAUUCUAAAUUAUGAACAUUAAAAAUCUGUGUGGCACAUGUUUUUGCUGAUUGGUUAAAAAAGUUAACAUGUCUUUUUAGCUUUCUAAGAUACGCAAAUGAAAUCUCUAGUUGUGAAUUUGUGAUUAAAGUAAAACUUUUAGCUAUGUGUUUCUGUUACUUCUAAUGUUAGUUUAUGUUCUAAGCCUUCGCAAGUGCCAAUGGAUUUGCUUUCUCAAAAUACACAACCAAGCAAUAAAGGGAAUGUUCCCAACCACUGUUAAAGUGAAAGUUGAAAUCUAUCCCUGAGAGAAAAAGUGAAAAUUAAUUAUAAAGGUUAAUAAUUUUCCUGGGAGCUAAUUCAGUGGCAUCCCUCAGCAUACACAAUUUCAGUGUAACCCUCUGUACUUCUCUAUGCAGAUAUUGGAGUCGUGACUAUAAAGAAUGUAAUGUCAUUUAACUGUAUUGUUUCCCAGUUAAUCAAGCUCUCAGCUGUGGCUUGGAUAAAAAUAUAUCAGUUGAGAUUUAUUUACUCCUGCAGAGCAAACAAGUUCUGUGGAAGUCUUCUUUGAAGAACUCCUUUCGGAAGUCUGGCAGUUUCACUUACUUGAAUUGAUUCUGUCCUGGCUUUUGUUUACCUGUUCAAAUUUUGAGAUUUUCCCCAUGUUCAUGAUUGCACCAUAUCCAACGGUUUUUGGUGUGGAGGCCUUAACCUCACCAUUCACCUUGGAUUACUCUGCCAUUUGCCUGAUUUCAGUGGCUACCCAAAAGCUUUAUGGAUGGUGGAUACAACAGCUUCUGUGUUUAUAAAUGUGUGAAACACUUGGAGCUGACUUGUCCUAAAAUCGGGCCUGCACAUGCCAUAUUAAGUCAGAUCCAUAAGCCCCCAUAGGGUGUGAAACCAUGACAUUUUAGAGGUUAAUUUUUCUUGUAACUGGCCUCAUGAUGUUAAUGGUCUCCCACAGCUUUUGCAAGCCAGGAAGAAUUUCCUCAAGAGGGCCUUGGGCUUCAAAUUAUUGAUCAUCAGAGUAGUAUGUAAAACCCUUUGUUUUAAUUUAUAGAUUUUCCUCACUGGGGCUCUUGAUUAAAAUGAAAGGUUAUUAGUUUUGAAAAAUAAUAAAACCCUUUUAUCAAGCACCCAAAUAUGUGGUCUCAGAUGUAAUUACUACAAACCAAAUCAUAUUCAGUGUGAGUGCAAUGAUAAACAGUAUCUCACUGAGUGUGACACCCAGUUUACAAGUGUCACAUUGCCCCCAACACCAGUAUCUUAAAACUUUUUCUACUGUAUUUAUCACCUUCAAUUACAUUAGUGUAUCAAGGUAUAGUUGUAAUAAAUAUAUCAGAAAAUGCAUUCCAUUGUUUGAUUUCCUAGUGGGUACUAAAGUAACAAUUGCUUUUUAAACCAAAUUGAUGCUCUUGAUUGUUUUUUGUUUUUUGUUUUUUGCUAUAUGCGGGCCUCUCACUGUUGUGGCCUCUCCCGUUGUGGAGCACAGGCUCCGGAUGCACAGGCUCAGUGGUCAUGGCUUACGCUCCACGGCAUGUGGGAUCCUCCCGGACCAGGGCAUGAACCCGUGUCCCCUGAAUCGGCAGGCACUCUCAACCACUGCGCCACCAGGGAAACCCUUGAUUGUAUUUUUAUACGUGAGUAUUCCUUUAUAAAAUGUUAGUUGUCUUAAAUAAUAUGCUGUCUCCUUGAACUUAUUUGUACCUAGUCUUGUAGAUAAAAUUGGAAUCAGUAACGCAGAAAAUUGUGCUACAGAAGUCAUGGUUACAGAUUUGAUCAUCAUGCAUUCAACAGCCAAAAACCAUAACCCUAACUCCACUCUGUUAUUGGGAAGAGAAUCGGGAAGAAUGGAGGUCUAAUGGGAAUUGAUCAUGAUUGUGAAUAUAUUUUACAUAUGGUUGGGUAAUGCCUACUAUAUUGGACAACACAGGUGUAACCAGUUCUGGAAGUGUGAGGCCCACUGGCUGAGAUGUGAAUGAGAGAAAACUUCAAGUUUCUUCUAAAAGUUAUAUUUAUCUUUCUGGUUUUCUUGAAUGCAGUGGAAACUGCAACCUGACUUUCAGCAGGCCCCAGGCCAUCUCCUUGCACAAGUUCAAUCGCUAGACCUUCUUUCUCAAAACAUUGGAUUUGGAGCAAAAUAUAGAUUAGACCCCUUGGCUUUUUUUUAAUGUAGCUAAAAAACUGCUUGUGUAUCAAAUCUGAUUUAUAAUGCCCAGAUUCAGGGAACACCUAUAUUAGAAAAGUUACUGAAAGCACAGAGUUUAGUAAUGGUGUACCACUAAUUUUCCACUCGGUUAAAAUAUUGUGUUCCUUUUAGUGCUAUCUGACUUGGAUUGAUGCAUUCAAUGCAUGUCUGAGUGUUUAUGUGAAGAGCCUGUUUGUAAAAGUUUAGCUUUCUUUUGGCAUUCAAAGAAAUUCAGGGAAGGUUUUGCCAACCUUCCCACCAAGGAGUCCCCCAAAGUCUAAUGAAAAAAUCACUCAAUUCCAAUAUCAUCAAAGAUAAAAUACUAUAAAGUAUUCAAAGGGUAAUGGGGGAAAUGACUUAUUUAGAAAGUAUGAAAUGAUGGUGUAUGUCUGGGGUCUCUAGCAUAAUAGAAAGAAAAGUCCACUUUUAUUAGUGUGGAAUCUAUAUACUAUACUACUCCUUGUAUAUAUUGAGUUUAACACUAUGAGCUUAACACUAGACCUGGUAUUUUGUGGAAAGCAAAAAGAGCCCAAACACAUGAUUCAUACAGAGAGUCAAAUAAUCAUUUCAUGUAAGCUUUGCACGAGCAAUAAAACAAGCCAUUGUUUACUAUUAGAAUAUGGUGGUCCUCUUUGCCUUAAAAGUCCUCAAUUUGAUAAGUGCUAUUUCUCUUAACCCACAUAAUUCCCAUUUCUUUGGUAGUUUUCACUGAUUCCAUGCAAGAAUGGCCACAUUGGUUUUUCCAUUGCUUUGGCAAUUUAGUGAAAGCCCUGGCAGGAAGAGCAGGGCCUAAAAAUAAGACUCAGAUUUUCUAUGAAUGGAUCGAUGGAUGGGAGUGAGGAUGGAUGCCAUUAAUUAUGUGACAGGCUUGUGUUUGGAAAAAAGUAAGAAAUGCUUCUAAUGAAUGACUGAUAAGAGACAUCCACAGAGGUACUCAAAGUGCUGAAUAAAUGGGGAUGUUCUAACAGUCAAAACACCAACCCCAUACCAUCUGAGGGGAAAAGGGGAAAAGUGGUCCUAACUUGAUGAAGACUUUAUUUUUUAAUUAAUUUUUACUGGAGUAUAGUUGAUUACAAUGUUGUGUUAGUUUCAGGUGUACAGUGAAGCGAAUCACUUAUACAUAUACAUACAUCCACUCUUUUUUAGAUUAUUUUCCCAUAUAGGCCAUUACAGAGUAUUGAGCAGAGUUCUCUGCGCUAUACAGUAGGUCCUUGUUGGUUAUCUAUUUUAUAUAUAGUAGCAUGUAUAUGUCCAUCCCAAUCUCCCAACUUAUCCCUCCCCCCAAUGGAAGAC